GCUAAAAUGUGUAGAGAAUUCUUCUUCUUCUUCUUCGAUCAAUUAAAGCAGGGGGAUCGUUCAAUCUAGGGUUUACUGGAACACGCGGGAAAUGGACGGUGGAUCUUCUUCUUCUUCCUCCGCCGGAAACUUCAAGCUCUACGAGCAGCUGGAGUUGCAGGAGUUUCCGGACAAGUACGUCAUCAAAUCCGUUGAAGCUCCCGAUCAAGGCUUCGUGAUCGGCCGCCGCGACGGGACUAUUGAACCGCUCAACGCUGAUUCUUCCUCUGCGAAGCCGUCGAAAACUUCGACGAUAUAUGGAGUCGUCGGCACGAUCAGAUUGCUCGCAGGAAAUUACUUACUUGUAAUAACUUCUCGCAUAGAAGUUGGGAAGUAUCUUGGCUUCCCUGUUUACCGAGUGAACUCUAUGAAUUUUCUCUCCUGCAAUGAGGUGUUGAAGCUCUCAACUGCUCAAGAAAAAAAGGAUGAGGCAUACUUCAUGGCUCUGUUGAAAACAGUUCAAUUAACUCCGGGUCUGUACUUUUCAUAUGAAACAGACUUAACAUUAAACAUACAAAGAAGAAGCAAGUUGAUAGGAGGUUGGAUGGCCAAACCAAUAUGGAAGCAGGCUGACCCUCGAUUUGUUUGGAACAAAAAUCUGUUGGAUGAACUCAUUGAGUAUAAGCUGGACGGGUUUAUUAUUCCUCUUCUACAAGGAAGCUUCCAGGCCACACAGCUAAAGUUAAAAGACUCACCUGUUGCACUUACAAUAUUCUCAAGGAGGUGUACCCGUCGGCUAGGAACAAGAAUGUGGAGACGAGGAGCUAACCUUGAAGGAGAUGUAGCUAACUUUAUUGAAACGGAGCAAUUGGUGGAGUUUGAAGGUUUCAGGUCAUCGUUGCUGCAGAUUCGAGGUUCAAUUCCACUUCUUUGGGAGCAAAUUGUUGACUUGAGCUAUAAACCACGACUUAAAAUCAAUUAUCAUGAUCAGACGUCAAAUGUAGUGGAGCGACAUUUUCAUGAUCUUUUCCAAAGAUAUGGAGAGACGAUAGCAGUAGACUUGACUGAUAAACACGGUGAUGAAGGUCAACUAAGCAAGGCAUUUUCUAAUGAGACGAAAAAUCUACCAAACAUGAGAUAUGUUCCAUUCGACUUCCAUCAUAUAUGUGGCAACUCAAAUUUUGAAAACUUAAAGGUCUUAUAUGAGCAACUAUCAGAGCAACUUGAAAAGCAAGGAUACUUUCUCGUUGAUGCGGAAGGAACAAUACUGGAGGAGCAGAAAGGAAUUGUCAGAUCUAACUGCAUCGAUUGCCUCGAUAGAACAAAUGUUACCCAGAGUUACUUGGCUCAGAAGUGUCUGGAUGCCCAGUUGCAAAGGAUGGGAGUGCUUGAUUCAACUGAGUCAAUUUCUGUGUUUGAUGAAGAGUAUCAAAAAUUCAGAACAUUGUGGGCUGAACACGGUGACGAGGUAAGCCUCGAGUAUGCUGGGACUCACGCCUUGAAAGGGGACCUAGUUAGGUAUGGAAAACAGACGUUUGGAGGAAUGAUUAAAGAUGGGAUGAGUGCUCUUUCAAGAUAUUAUUUGAAUAACUUUCAGGAUGGUAUUCGGCAGGAUGCUGCUGAUCUUAUCAGUGGCCGCUAUAUGGUUAGGAGGGAUGGUUCACCACGCCAGCCAGAAUCCUUUUCUUAUCUACCGGUGGCUUCAGCUUUGCUAAUUGGAGGUUUGACGGUGACAUCUUUUACACUUCAGCAAGCGGGGCGAAACGCACACCAAUUCAUGACUUCUGUACUUUGGGCCGGAGUGACUGCCGGAGUAGCAGCAGUGGUGAAAGCUAAUGGAAGACAGUUCUGUUCUAGACCUCGCUUGUGCAGACUCGUGUAACAUUAUUCUGAGAUAGAGCUGCUAGUUGCUUAAACAGUAGUUCUCUCAAACUGUGCAGAAUCACAUUGGGAUUGUCGUUUUGGGCUUGUUACUUUGUGUUAGAGCUUCUAGUUCUGGAUAUGGAGAUCUCACUACAUAAAUUUGGGUUGACAAUUGACCGAACCAAAAGGAAAUAUCCCUUGCAUAAUAAUAACUAGAAUGAAAUUGAAGUGGA